AUGACUGUGUCAGUUUCCAUUAAUCCCAUUGCCGAUACCAAAUGUACCGGGGAGUACUCGUAUGCCUAUUAUGGAUACGACAGUUCAUCUGCAGUCUCACCGCGAUGCGUGAAAGACGACCAAGCAUGCAGCACAUACAUACGUGGCCAAAUACAUGCAAGACGAAUUAACAAUGGAAAAAUAGUGCCGCUGAUGGUUGGAAUGAUGUGCAUGCCGACUAAUGUUGCCAUAUACACAAAAAUUACCAAAUACCGCGAGUGGAUCAUUAGAACUCUUAAAGAAUUGGGACAUGGGGAUGCGGCGUCUACUCAUGGUCUCCCAAAUCCUGGCGAGUUCGUCGAAUCUUCCGAAGUAAAAAUGGAAUUCAAUUCACACACGGUUAAGAUCCUCUGGCCGGAAAAUGGCGAAACGAACGGGCUCACUUGCUACGGAGCACACACGGAUCCUGGUGCAGUCAUCACUUUGGCGCAAUGUACCUCCUACCUCGGGAACGCUCCCACUGAGGUUAUGUUUUAUGAUUCGUCUGUUCGGAAAAUAAGCGAAAUAAUUGUACAUCCCAACUACACACGCACCGAGCAUCCCAACUUCAACGAUAUUGCCGUCUUGAAGCUAGAGUCUCCAGCAGGUAUCAUUCCCGCUGUUUGCGGUUGGUAUGGAAACAUAAAUCCCUCGCGAAGUGUGGCAGUAAAUGCAAUCGUGACCGCAACGCUGCCAAGCGUGAUCGGUUACAGUUCAGAUACCAGGACUUCCAAAACAUUGCUGAUUGCAAGCUUCAGCGAACAACAAUGCAACACAGCGCAGUAUGAUCGAUCGCAAAUUCCGAACGACUCUCGGGAUAAGUAUUUCUGCUUCCUGCACAAUCCUUCUGAUGGGCAAAAAUCCUACAAAAUACAGCUGGGAGCUCCGAUACAAAUGACUGGGACCGCCGCACGCUUCGUAGUUGGAUUAAAUCAGAACAACUGUGAUUGUGGCUUCAGCACUCCAAUGAUUGGUAUACGCUUCGAUGCUCACGAAGCAUGGCUGAAAUCGAUUCUACUCCCGACGCCGACUAAACCAGACGCAACAAAGUCAUUAAGCGCAUUAACGUACAUUGAUAACGACAUUACAUAUUCUGAUCCAUGUGGAUACCCCGACGGCACUAAAGGAAUGUGUGAAGCUAUUGCAACCUGCAGUAGCAUUCAACAGCGUGUGAGCACCAAACAGCAAAUCGUUUUCUGCGGAAACCAAACCAUAGUUUGCUGCCCUCAGGAAGGAAACGCGGCAGCUGAACGCUUUAAAAAUGAACUCAUAGAAUGUGACAACCACUACAGUCAUCUACGCCAAGAACGGCAUGAACGAUUGGCAAUGGACGACUCACUAGCGGACACAUCUCCACACCUGGUACGGUUGAAAUAG